GUCGACCCCUCCCGUGAUGUACUUCUAGUAUAGACAAGGUCGCAAAACUCUUCGCAAUCGACUGCUACGUUUCAAAUUUGGAAGAUUCAAUUUCGUUUCUCGAGGGAAAGACGCGGAUCCCGUCACACCCUGGCCACAGGUCGGAUUUGUUUUCUUAUACGUUGGUCUCGUGACGCGCUGUUUAUACCAUACCACGUCCUAAAAACUCGUAUCUACAUUGUCUACGUCAUCGGAUGUUGGACACGCGUUGUUGUUGAUAAACACAAGUGCCGGAAUUGUUCCUGGAACAUGAAUGGCGUACGUGACUUCAACACGCGCCUUUAUAAGGCAUCGCCGCACGCUAGAAAACGAAUAAUGGACACCAUGAUCUCGCGACCUUCGACUGCUAUUCGAGAUGUUUAUUAAUGUCCGCUCUCCCGCAAAACUUGUUGAUUCAGCGAUGGCCGUCGAUGUUUGGUGUUUUGGGUGCUGGCCUCUACAGACGACGCAAAAUGAAAGUUUUACAGGGGAAAAAGUCGGGCCGUUGUUGCCAAGAGACGAUGGACCUCGCCAGUGCCGUGAAUUCUUUCAGUCAGCGUCAUGGCGUCUCCCAUAGAAGAACCUACUCUCCCGCAAUUGGAUGUAAAGUUUAAUGUCAUACCCGAAACAUUGGAGAGCCCCUUCAAGGAACAUUUUCCAGUUUUCAGUAAAGGAUUAGUUCAAGGCGAGCCAGGAGGAUUCGUGUUUCAUCCGCAUUAUGCACGAAAUGCCGAUAAAAUUUACAACAUGAAAAUUAGGCCAGACGAUGUCUGGAUCCGCACGUUCCCCAGAUCAGGAACAACAUGGACAUCGGAAUUGGCCUGGCUCAUCGUGAACGAUUGCAAUUUCGAGGAAGCUGCUCGAGUGCCAUUAACUGUUCGAGCUCCCAACACAGAUGCCAAUUACUUUGCGGAUUGGAGUGAAUUCGCUCCUCCGGAAAUAAUGGAAAAUCUCAUCACAAUCGAAAAGAUUGAACAGAUGUCAUCGCCUCGAGUUGUCAAAUCUCAUUUACCCUUCCACCUCUUGCCUCCCAAUUUACUCGAUACCGCCAAGGUUAUUUACGUUGCCCGCAACCCCAAGGACGCUAUCGUUUCUUUUUUCUACUUUCACAAGUUGGUGAAAUUGUGUCACUUCACCGGAGAUAUGGAGGACUUUGUUGAUUACUUUAUCAAUAACAAACUGAACUGGACACCGUAUUUCCCGACUGUGCUCGAGGCGUGGGCCAAACGUGAUCAUCCUAAUUUGCUGUAUCUCUUCUAUGAAGACAUGAAAAAGGAUUUGCCAACUGAAAUCAGGAAAAUUGCCGCAUUCCUCAAUAAAACCCUAACUGAAGAACAAGUUGCAAAGUUGGUGGAUCAUGUUGUCGUUGAUAAAUUCGCUAAAAACGAAUCAGUCAACAUGGCGAGGGAAGUCAGUGCUGGCCUCACCAAUGAGGGAUACAGCUUCGUUCGCAAAGGCCAAACGGGCGACUGGAAAAAUCAUUUCAGUCCAGAAGUGAACCGUAAAAUUGACGAAUGGAUUGAGAAAAAUUUAGCGGGAACCGAUUUGAAAUUUGUCACCGAGCUUGAGGAUUCAAAAUGAUUUCACUGUCAAUUAUAGUUGUCAUCACCUGUGAACUUGCACGUGCCAAUCAACCCGCAACGACUUAUGUUGCGUAUAUUUUUAUUACCCUUUUUUUUUCUUUAACUUCUUUAAAGUGACACAUUUAAACAGAUACAGGGCAAAGGUAACCUUUUAUUUUCGCUAAAUUAUCUGAUUUAAUUGGUAUUACUAUAGAAAUAUAGUAUGGUAAUUAAAAUAA